ACACGUAUUGUACACACGCAAUGACACAUCUCCUGUACAACAGCUCCAUUUGUGCCGUGCGUAGGAGGUAUUAAGCGAGAGCCUAUACUCAAAAAAUUACCUCAAGUUUAUAUAUAUGUAACAACAACGUGUGCGUUGCGUUACGUGCAGUGUGUAUACAAUAUGUGCGCGACGACAACAUGUCACUUAUCGUGGAAAUAAUUGCUCGCCGCCGAACGAAUUGAUAAAAAAAAAAAGAGAAAAGAAAAAAAAUGUGGCAUUUUUACUGCGACGGUGUUGUCGUGGUGCAGGCUGAUCGCUUGAGGUGCGACGACGACGGCUACGCUGGUCGCGAGAAGGAGCUGCACCUAUCCUCCUAAUAACUGAUAUCAUGCCCGCUCGCUGCUCAUCGGAUGAAUAAUAAACGCUCGUAUUUUUUUCUCCAUAUUUCUGCUGCAAAUCCGACGACGAUUGUGUGCACAGAGCCGUGUCGUAGUUUUGUAACGAGUCGAGCCUUCAUAGCGCAAGCAUAUUUCAUCGUAAUAUGGUAAGAUUUUAAUCAUGUGAAUGAGGAGAGCAAGUAUUACAUUUUCAACUUACAUUCCAAGAAGUGAUAAACCAAGUAUUCUCUAAGCUAUAGCACAGUGUCGACACUACUUUUCAUUAAUUUAUUGGACGACAAACAAACAAAAUCACCACAAUGUUGGGACGAUUCAAGUCUGCCCUCAUGAAUGCAGUUGGUGCUUCGGAGAUGGGACUGCAGUAUAAUAGUGAUUCUGAUACAGAAUCAGUUACAGAUCUUAUUAAUUCCAACUUGCCGAUUGCUAUUGAAACCAAACCCUACAGUAGACCAAGUUUUCUUGGACUAACAAAUGAAGAGACACAGGUAAGCGCGGAUCACAGGGUAAGGCCUAUUAUUGUACCUAGAGAUCUUAGCAGAUUACCAUGGUGUGCUGGUUAUGCGGAAUGUAUAAAUGCUGGAAAAAGUACAUGGAAUGAAGAUCAAGCUACAGCAAUGAGAGGCGAUUUAAGAAUAUUAGAUACAAAUGUAACGAUACCUUACGUGAUGUUUUCAAUGUUUGAUGGGCAUGCUGGAUUCCAAGUUGCAUUAACUUCAAGAUUACACUUACACAGGAUAAUUUUGGAAAGGUUAAUGUCAAUCCCUGGUGAAUUAUUACUUAAUGAAGAUAAAGAUGCUACAAUUAAGGGAAGAGAAAUGGUAAUUGGAGCCAUUGAACUUGCAUAUAAGCAGAUGGAUCAAAUAGUAGAACAUCAAGCACAUAGAGGAGGAGGUGGUUGUACAGCAUUAACUGUUUUAUUUUUAAAUGGGAGGCUUUAUGCAGCUGGAGCUGGUGAUUCCAGGACAAUACUUGUCUUAGGAGAUAGUGAGAGAGCACUAACAAGAGAUCACACUCCUGAUUCAGAGUCAAGUCGAGUUAGAUCUUUAGGAUAUUUGAAAAGUACAGAACUUCUUAAAGGACAAUUUACACCUUUACAAUUUAGAAAAAGACACUUUGAGAGAGAUGUUGGUUCAGCAGUCAUGUAUAGAGAACCAUUUAUGACUGGGUGGGCUUAUAAAAUAUUAACUCAAACUGAUCUGCGGUUACCUCUCAUAUCUGGGCAAGGCAAACGAAGCAGAGUAAUGGGUACCAUUGGUGUAACAAGAGGUUUUGGAGAUCAUGGAUUAAAAGCUGGAAACACAGGAGUCAGUAUAAAACCAUUUUUAUCAUCUCAACCAGAAGUACAAUCAUUGGAUUUAGAAGAACUAAACCUGACUGAAAGAGACUGUAUAAUUUUGGCUACGGAUGGGCUGUGGGAUGUUGUUUCUGAUGAAAUGGCUGCUAGCAUUCUUCGUAAAACAUUGGCACCAGAAAGUCCAUCAUUAGAAUAUAGACUAACAAUGGGAGCUCAAGAACUUGUUCAAGGAGCACGGGGUCGUUCAUUUGGACGAGAAUGGUGGUUGAAAAAAGCGCAAGAUAACGGUGAUGAAGAAGUGAAAAUGGCAUCUGUAGAUGAUAUUAGCGUAAUGGUGGUACCACUUUAUCCUUAUUUAUGCGAGCAUCGUCAAUGGGUCAAAACUCAACAACAAGAACGCAGACAUUCAGUGAGUUCCACGCAGUCCUCACCCGAGAGUACCUAAACAACAUAGCAUUAAGAUGAAAUAUUUAUUACAACUCGAAAACAAAAAAUGAAAAAAACUAUUAAAUUGUUUUGUCGAAUAUGAAUUAAUAUUUAAGAGCGAAUUAUACGAUGACUUUUACAUCGUGUUUUAAAAUUAACAAUUUAAAAAAUCAAUUGUGACUUAAAAAAUGAAUUUAUAUAUCUUUAUAAGUUCGAUAUCGGACCGAGAAAUCGACUGCCAGCAUAAUUUUAAUUCAUUUUGACGUUUUUAGACCUAUAUCUUGCCUAAGCAUUUGAUCAAAUUAAAAACAUUCCAGUUUUAUACAAAUUUGUCGAAGAUAAAUUUUCUUAGAUAUGAAAACAUAACUUUUAUAUCGUGAUACAAAAUAUCAAAUGCUACGGACCUAACAUACCUUAUUUUGUUAAUUAUUCAAAAACAGUGUAUUGCAUAAUAUUUAUUUUAUAUUAUAUAUAUGUCAAGUUUUAUGUUAAAUGUUAUCUUCAAAGAUGUACCACAAAUUUUUUUGCUGCAAUCAUGCAUGUAGAUGUUUAAGAAAAAAAUAUAAAAAGUAUUGUAAAUACAGUAGUAAUAAAUGGAAAUGAAUAUUUUUUAGUACAUAGUAUAAAAGAGACGCAAAAAUUAUUAUUAAAAUUGUGUUUAUUAAUGUACUUGUGCAUAUAUUGAUAAAGCUUUUUUAUAGAAAUCUUGACGAUUACUUAAUUAAAUAAAUGCCAACAAUUAUGCUUUGUA